AUGCAUCGGUUCCCACUCGAUUUCACGACAGUUUUGGUAUUCUUCAUUCUGUCUUGGGCAGCGGCGACGUCUCCAACAGCUCCGACAGAGCCACCGGUAGGUCCAUGUGCGACUGUGCGCUGUGGUUUCAACACCCAGUGCUUUGAAUUCAAUGGAAUGGCAAGAUGCUACAAUACAACAUGUCCACCUGGCGAGGUCUUCUCCGAGUGUUCGUCGUACUGCGAGCCUACAUGCAUUCCUCAAAACAUUGCCAUCAUUCCAAAUCAUGCCUGUGGACCGCAGCUUGUCAGAUGCAGCCUGGCUUUCCGUUCCGGUGACAGUAUGGCAAAUGUGUGGAUCCAAGUCGUUGCUCGAAUAUCAAGUCGUCAACAUCAACCUAUGUAUGUGGAGCCAAUGAAGAGUUCAAGCAGUGCGCGUCUUGUGAACCAACCUGUGGACCCAUUGUGGUAUGUACUGCUUCUUUCAAGGGAUGACUAG